AGUCUCCCGCUCGUUGGUGUUGAGAGCGGACCUUGUGCGCGGUAUCGAUUGUUCCGUUUGCCGCACCAUUAAAGAUGUUCGCAAGAAGGAAACGUUGGUGACAGAAAAUGAAGACAAUUUCACUACCUUUCAUCGGGCAGGACUGUACUCUACAUGGGCCCUAAUACAACGAGCUCUGAGUCUGCACAAGGACGAUAAAAUACUUGUGACAGAACAGAAACAAAAAAAAAUAUGGCUGGAGAAGCCAAAUGGAUAAUAAACUUGACGAAAUAAGCGGAUGGCUCGGAGGUGAAGGCAAGAUCAAGAGUAAGAGACGCACUGGCCUACAUGGUGACGUACAGCCGUCUACCCUGCCGCCCUGGGAAUUACUGUAUCUGUGCUUAACUUUGAGACACCAGUUUUACCGCGUGCAUUAGUUUUCUAGCAAAAUACUGUUUUAGCGUUCCUUAGGAAUUGCUGGAAUGUGUCGGAAAAGUAGCGUUGUUUGGACCAGAGUGGCCAUGGCCGCAAGUCUGGUGUUCUUGGCUCGUGGAACCCGUGGAACCACUGAGGAACGCUGGGGGACGCUAGUGGCGGUGACGGCGGUGCGAGGCUCCACAGCUAAGCUUCCUUGCCGCAUCAGCUCAGACAACCCCUCCGAGCCCGUGCUGCUCGUCCUCUGGUACAAGAACGCCUCCGUCACGCCUGUCUACAGCUAUGAUUCCCGUGCCCUGGAAGGGAGGCCUACCGGAGGGGGCCAUCCUCAACAGUGGGGAGACGAGGAGGCGUGGGGAGCAGAGCAGCGAGCCUGGUUUGACACCACUGAGACUCCCGCCCACCUGCUGGUGAGGAACGUUCUGGGUCGAGACGAAGGCAACUACACGUGUAAGGUGCAUUUCCGGGCCUCGCCGUCCUGGUCCCAGCGCGUUACCCUUACCGUGCGUGACCCACCAGGAUAUCCGAGGAUCCAGGAUGAGUCUGGACAGCGCCUGGAGGGUCCCAUCGGACCUUACGGUGACGGGACCACCGUCAGGAUGAUGUGCCUCAGCUCUGGGACAUCGUCUCCCGGGCUGGUGUGGGGCGGGAGCGGGGUGGAACGGGGUCGUACCUCGGAAGAGAAGAGUGGGGGGUUUGUGACCAGAACAUGGUUCACAAUAGUGGCUUCCCGAGCCACAGCUGAUUCUACCGUCACCUGUUCCACUACCAACGCAUCCUUCUCCUCUGGCAUCAUGCACACCGUUUCCACGACGCUGAAAGUCAACUUGGCACCACUGAUAGUGCAGCUGGAAGCUCCUGGAGAGUGGGUGAGCGCUGGCCAGCAGGCCUCCUUCAGGUGCCGUGUGGUGGGCUCCUCGCCGCCACCAGUAGUGCAGUGGUGGCUGGGCGGCCGACGCCUCACUGCCAACGCGCCGCUGACUUCAGUGGGCGGAAACGUGAGCGUGAGCACGGUGAGGUUGACGCCGCAGCCUGGCGAUCACAAGGUGCCGCUGGUGUGCAAGGCAUACAGCCCCAACCUGGCCGGCAGCGUCCUCCAGGACCAGCUCAUCCUCGCCGUCCACUUCGUUCCUGUCGCCACGGUGAGAGUGCAUGGCGGCGGGUCCGAGGCGGCUACCGUGCGAGAGGGCAGCGCCGUCAUCUUUACCUGUCACCUGCAGGCCAACCCCUCCGUCUACAACAUCACCUGGUUCCAUAACGGGCGCGCGCUGCGGGGGUGGGCGUGGGGAGUGGAGGUGAACAACGCCACGCUGCGGCUGCUCAACGUGACGGCGGCCAUGCGGGGACUGUACACCUGCGUCGGCAGCAACCCUGAGGGUGACGGCCAGAGCAACGCACUCAACCUGAACGUGGAGUUCGCACCGGUGUGUGCAGUGCAGAAGCGUCGACACUACGUGGUGGCGCCAGGCGGGGCCGUCACUGUAUCCUGCCAGGUGGAAGCGUACCCCACAGGCCUCACCUUCACCUGGGCCCUUAAGAAUGACUCAGAGAGCUCGCCAAUAAGGCUGCACAGUGUGGGGCGCGAAGAAGGACUGACGGGCCACUACACAUUGAGAGGCAUCAAGCAGAAAAGUGUGGAGGUGUUGUGUUGGGCUCAGAAUGACGCCGGCACCCAGACCACGCCUUGCAAAUUGACCAUCUACACUCAAGGUCGGCCGGGCCCGGUGAAGAACUGCAGCGUCAACAGCCACACGGCGUCUGGGUUCCGGGUGGUGUGCGAGGCAGGGCCGCCGCGGGGCACCAACACUCGCUACUCCCUCCUGGUUUACACUCAGCAGAAAAGCAGACGACUGAACAGCAACGAAAUACAUGGUGGCAGGGGCAACGGAAAGAAGGGUGGCGACGGGCACCAGACGGCGGGCCAAACACGGCUGGCUCUGGGCACCCUGAUGCAGAACCUGACCACCACUUCACCUGUCUUUAUAGUGAGCGGUCUGCUGGCGGGGCGAGAGUUCGUGUUGGUGGUGCGGGCGACCGGAGAAGAGGGGAUGAGUCCGCCCGUCGUGCUCACAGCCUUCACACUCACCGAUAACGCCCAGACUGUCAUCGGACUGCCGGCUGGGAUGGGAGACACCGGAAGCAGCGGCAUCGUCGGUGCAACCCCACUGAGCAGUAGCGGCAGCGGUGGUGAAGACAAUGAAGGCAGCAGGGAUAUUAGCAGCAAUGGUGGUGGGGAAGACUUGUGGGCUUCGCCGGGUGAGAACGGAAUGGAGGCAGUGACCAACGAGAUCAUGGGGAUGGUGUCACCCUUGGUGCUGGUCCUGGGGACUUCUUUAAUCGCCCUCCUUCUCAUCGCUCUCAUUCUUGUCUUUCUGGUGAUGAAGUUCAGCUCAAGGUCAAGACAGCAACAACAAGAUCAGGCUAAGAAGUGUGCGGAAGUGACGCUUGAAGAAAAUCAACUGAUGUCGUUAGAAUCUUGUCGGAAAAGAGAGUCUCUGGCCGAGGGUGAGUCUGGCCUGGGUGAGGCGGCAACAAUGAGUGGUGACGAGCGAGUCUUGCCUGAAGAUGUUGGCAUCAAAGUGAGUGUCGAAGAGGUAACCGCUUCACCCAUUCCGGGUUUUCCCGUCGGCGAAGGCCUGCCCUAUGCCGGCCCAGUGACCUCCUUGCUGGCGACCCACGGUUCAAGGGGAGGGGCAACAGAGUGGUCGCUGGGAAGCAGUGCAACCCUACCUAGACCAGACGCGCGAUGGCUGGGUCGGAGUCCUGUCAUGCGUGGUCGAUUACCAGGAUUGCGCUCCAUCGACACUUCGCUGGGUUCUACCUCCAGCAUUUGCAUGGGGGCCUCCCAGUGUGGUAUGGGAGGCCUCUCAGGCAUGGGAACCCUGAGAUACGAGUCUCGCACAGGCAGUUUCAGCGGUGCCUGUGACCUGAGCCGCGUUGCAACAAGCGUCGGGACAGCCAUGCUUUCUUCUGCACACCUGGGUGACAUCACCGCCAUUGGACAGCACAGUAUGACCGUCGCUGGCGUGGGCCGCGGCGUUUCUGUCAUCGGCAUCGGAGAUUUCCGGAAUAUGGGUAACUUGGACAUGACUGGGGGGAUGGGUCAGACGCUGACGUCUAUGCUGCCCUCCGCUUCCACACGCCAGCCUCUGCAAACCAUGACUGGCGCGGGAGAUCCCAGCCGUGCCCACAGCCCCCAACCUCCAUCUGGCACGUGGGACACUAGAUUAUGAGGCUGCUCGUGGAUCAAAAGGUUUCUACAACCAAAAUAUUACGGACUUGGAAAAUUCACAUGUGUGCAGUUCAAGUGCAGGGUAAUUGCCCUCGUCGCGGAGAGCUUGGCAGCAGCCUUUCACGGGUUAGAGCCAGUUAUGUCCUCUUAACAGGGCUGAAUAUUUCAAAUCUAUUUUUCUAGACAAAAUGGUGUGGUUUCUAUCACUAAAAGAACUCUUCCUACAAAACUAUAGAUUAA